GCGGUUCAUGGCUUCCCUCCCUCAUCGCUUGCCUCAGUUUUACUCCCCGUUAAUGAGAGCUUCUCCCUUCCUCCCCUUGGGGCCCUGCAGAGUCCCUACGAUGGCUCCAGCACGAGUGGCGACGCUGCCCCUGUCCCUGCCCCUGUCCCUACGCCUGCUGCUGCUGGCGGCCCUGUGUCUGCCCUCCGCCGCCGCACAAACUGACGAAGAGCCGAUCAAGGCAACCGAGGAGCCUCAUUGGGUGACGACGUCGCCUUUCCCGGCGCCUCUGUCAACGACACCUGCCCAGAACCUUUCUACCCCGACCAUCACCACCACCACCACCACCACCACUACCACCACCACCACCACCACCACAGCCUUCACGCCGCUGGUCGAGGAGGUUGCAGCCCCGGUGUUCGGCGCCACCGCCAAGAACAACAGUAUGGUCAACAUCACGGCGCAGCUGGGCUCGUCCGUGUUCCUGCCGUGCGUCACCCACCACUCCAUGGAGCGCCAGGUGUCGUGGGUGAGGCGGCGGGACUGGCACAUCCUCACCUCGGGCCUGCUGACCUACACCAAGGAGGGCAGGUUCACGAUGCACCACAACGAGGGCAGCACCAAGUGGACCCUCGCCAUCAAGUACCUCAAGGUGGACGAUCAGGGCGUCUACGAGUGUCAGAUCGCCACGGGCGGCGGCGUGAUCGCUCAGCUGGUGAACCUGACGGUGGUGGAGCCUCGUGCGGUCAUCCCGGGCAGCGGCGAGCACCACGUCCAAUCCGGCUCCACCAUCUCCCUCGUCUGCUACAUCGAACAGGCCCCUGCCCGCCCCCAGAGCCCCGCGGCGCCGCAGUACAUCUUCUGGUACCACAACGCCCGAAUGAUCAACUAUGACCGGGAGCGUGGCGGCGUGAGGGUCAACAUCGAGACGGGGCCGCAGGUCAGGUCACAGCUGACCGUGACGCGCGCCACGCGUGUCGACUCCGGCAACUACACGUGCACCGCCGCCAACACCAGAGCCGCCUCCAUCACGGUCUACGUGACGGAAGAUAACCAGAUCGCAGCCAUCCAACCCCGCGCGAUGGACGCCGCCGGGUCCCUGCGCCCCUGCCUGGCCCUCCUGCUGGCGGCGGCGGUGGUGGCCGAGGCUCUGUCCCACUCCACCAACUGACCCACCCACUGGCCCGACAGCCCGCCCGCACGGACAGGCUGUGCCCGGCGGGGGCGGCUGAUGUGACUUCCCAGGACCACCGCACAGGGAAAAAAAAGGGCUCAAGUAUCACCCGUAAGUGGGGGGGCUCGGCCCGGCACCAUGACCCCGAAGAACAGCGAGUGCAGCGUAAAGUGUCUUGUUCUACACAGUUUCAUUGUGGUGUCAACGGACCAACGACACUGACGAGAAUGGCCGCCCUGGUAAUGGCGCCUGUCUCGCGUGAUGGAUGCCUUGCGGUGCGUGAAAGUGUUCCUGCUCACUCCCAGAGGGCGACAUUUCUGUUCCCUCCUCCCCUGAAAUACCUCGGGUGGCGCGCCCCGGCUGGGGCAGUUAUUCAGGUGGAAAAAGAGCGAGAAGUGAAUGAAUACAGUUGCCGCCAAUGUAGAGUGAUACCGAAGUGUGAAAAAAUACCGUUUUUUUUUUUUUAAAGCAGCCUUGCAAAAAGACUGAGGCAAUACAGUCGCCAACGUCACUAUGGUAACUAGAUGACUUCCGCGUCCGGCGGCGGUCAGGGGAGCAUUUAUUAAAUAGACCUUAAGGGAAACGAGCAGCGUGUGAGCUUAGGAAAGAGGAGGAAGCUUUUCUAGGAUGUAAAAACGGAUACUGCUAGUACAGGUGAUACUCUUCUUGAACAUAUAAUUUCUAAAGACUGGAGGAAAAUAUCAGAAGAGGAAGACAAACUCAAGGAGCUUAACAUGAGGUGUGUAUGAAUCAUAUUUAUAUAGACGACAUUAGCAAAGUAACAAGGUUAAUACGAACUGAAUUCCUUUUCGAAGGAAAGUAUGUAGUUUUAAUACAUGUAUACGUGUGUGUGUGUGUGUGUGUGUGUGUGUGUGUGUGUGUGUGUGCGUGCGUGCGCGCGCGCGUGUGUGUGUGUGUGUGUGUGUGUGUGUGUGUGUGUGUCACUCCUCGCUGAAGUGACGCGAUAUCUUCAGCCUAUAUUUCAUCCAAGCUUGAGGGUCGGAGGGACGCUGGACUCGGCUUAUGUAAAGAAGACAAGACUACGAGCGUGAUGGAUGGACGGGCGGGGGAGAACGACAGGACUGUUAUGGAAGGGGUUUAUCUGGAGGACGAGGGUUCUGGAGGAGCUGAUCGGCGGGGAGGGACAGCUAACAGAUGGAUGGAUGAGGCAGGUGGAGAAAGAGGUGGUUUCUUGUGCUGGACAGAAAGAAAUGUUUGAGGAAUAGGAAAAGUUAAACGAGCGCGGUGUAUGAGGUAUGGUGUGUCACAGGAACAGACUGUGAUGAACGAUGAACUGAAAUGAGACGAAGAAAGAGAGCAACAUAAAAAAAAAAAAAACGUCGACACUAAAGGAACAGGGCUGAGGUGUUGGCAGUGAAAUGAACAGGUGGUGAAACGGACAGGUAGUGCAAUGAAGCGGUGAAAUGGCCGAAAACAACGUGUGUCCUUAUUUACCACUUAAGAAAACACCCUAAACGAUUUUGUUAGAGUUUAAAAAGUGCCAGCCACCCCUCUUCCCCCCCCCCCCCCCACACACACACUUUCGUCCUCAACAGCCUCGCCACACUGAGCCGCAAGAGCCACUGCCACACACUCGCGGGCCGGCGGGGCGAGGGACGGAAUAUCAACACGACCUGCGGCGCCGUGCAUCACCCGCCCUCUGAGGAGCACCGCCGUCCCUGCCCCCACACCUUCCACCACCCUAACGAAUGACUUCCAUGAAUUUCUGCUCGUACUCAACGAUUAAUUCCUCCCUAAUAUAAUGAAAACGGUAUAGCGAGCGUGUCAUUAAAAGAAGAUAAAUCAUUAGCGUCAUUUUCAUAAUAUCGCCGAUUAAGUUCGCACUCAUGGAAGUUUACGAGGUAUAUUUUUAAUUAAAGCGAUCUAAAUAUUAGUGAUGUGGUAAGUAAGAGGACGAGACAAAGGAAGCAUGAGAGGAAUUUCGGCUCAGAAACGCUUUAUCAAAAUUAGAGAUUGUUAUAUUCCCCGCGAUCGUUUUACCGUCAUUAUUGUAUCGUUAGUUAUCAUAUUAGCAUAAUAAUGAAUACAUCAAGUUGAAAAUGAUUUGAUUAGACGAGAAAAUGACGGCAGAGAGGAUGAUGACGAUGAUGAUGAUGGAGUGUGUGUGUGUGUGUGUGUGUGUGUGUGUGUGUGUGUGUGUGUGUGUGUGUGUCAGGGGGGCCGCUUGGCGUUAGCUCCAUGUGCCUGUCGGGUCAAAUUCAAGGUUCAUCACAGCAAGGUAAGACUGCACACUAACACGCUACCAUGGAUCUUUACCCCUUCCAUCCUCCACCCUUACCCCUCCCGAGGCCUCUCCACCUACUAUCGUUCUUCCACCUAUCUACUCUCUGCAUCUCCACCUAUCGCUCUUUUUCACUGUACCAACGUAUCUCCACAAAUCGAUAGUUCUUCUCCACCUUUCCACUUUCCUUACAUUCUCUCUCCACCGUCGACGGCCCCUCAUGCACUGCUCUCGUCCCUUCACCCAACGACAGAACCCCAGCAAGUCCUUUUAAGCCUCUCCAUCCGCCGUCCCUGCACCCUCGACGUCUCCUCAUGCACUGCCAUCGUCCCUUCACCUACCGAGAACAUCCCAGCCAGCCAGCCCCUAUAAGCCUCUCCAUCCGCUGCCUCUUACUACACCCAUAGGUUUUCCACCCUCGACAUCUGCUCACAAUCCGUCGGCUUCUCUCAACCCUCAGCGUCUCUCCUCUCGCUGCCACGCUCUCCUGCAUGAGGGGACGCGUGACCUUUGCGGGUUAUGAAAUAGUGAAGGGUUCUUUCUGAGAUUGAGACAGACGGUGAGCAAGUGAAGGUUAUGCUACGUGUUUGAAAAUGUGUGUGAGGAUUACGGAAAAGGUGACUGUGUGAUGGCUUGGUAUUUGUGAGUAUGGAGGUAGUGUGUGUGUGUGUGUGUGUGUGUGUGUUUUGUGUGUGUGUGUGAGAGAGAGAGAGAGAGAGAGAGAGAGAGAGAGAGAGAGAGAGAGAGAGAGAGAGAGAGAGAGAGAGAGAGAGAGAGAGAGAGAGAGAGAGAGAGAGAGAGAGAGAGAGAGAGAGAGAGACACUAUGGGGACGGGAAAGAAUGGCCUGCAUAAUCUGUACAAAUUAUUCAUGUUCGGAGACGAAAGGCAACCCUGACGUGUUCCUGCGUGUCGUGUCCCGGAUCACUGUUCCCUCACCCCUCGGCUGUUGGCACGCCGUGGCCCUGCCUCGCCACCAGCUGACUGUACAUAGAGGACUAGUCCAGUAAGGGCAAAUGGCCGUGUCGCUGUAGCUGUCUGGAAUGUUUGUACCGCUGAAAUGGUGUGGGCGCGUGUGCCCGACUGGCUGUUCGUUGCUCUCGUUCAAGUUUUCGCACUGGAUGUUUCAUUUCGCACUCGGGCAUCGCCGCACGUUCAUGGUUCUCUUCUCUCAGAGACAUUACAGCUAAUUAUUUUCUGUGUAAGCUCACAUACCGCACACACUUUUGUCGUACAAAAUUUUCAUGAACUCGACAUGUAAAUAAAACAAAAUGUCAUUCAAAAGAAGUACAUACAAGGUCGUACACAGACAUACACACAUCCAUACCCAUGAUAUGAAUGCUUGUUGUGUGAAGACCACCAGGGAGGCGGCGGGCGUACCUCCCCCAGAGCCUCACUGUGCACUAUCAGCGAGUCUGUGGCGUCCCCCUAACGCGGGGCGUCCCCGGACACACCCCAGGCCCGGGGCUGGGGCAGGGCCGCGCGUCUGUCGUGUUCCUGAUAUUCAGCAGUGAACACGACGUCCCCGAAGCGCCGCCCGGCCCGGCACCCCGGCAGGAGGCGGGACAUUGCCGCUUGUCGGCGCCCCUCGAGGCCGCACUGUCUUACACUCGAUGUUCUUAUUUACCCGUAGGUGUACCAUAACCUUUACUGUAAAAUGUUAUUUUUGUAAAAAUAAAUUAUGU